AUGGAGCCCUGGAAGCAGUGCGCGCAGUGGCUCAUCCACUGCAAGGUGCUGCCGGCCAACCACCGGGUCACUUGGGAUUCGGCGCAGGUGUUUGACCUGGCACAGACCCUCCGCGAUGGAGUCCUGCUCUGCCAGCUGCUCAACAACCUCAGGGCGCACUCCAUCAACCUGAAGGAGAUCAACCUGAGGCCCCAGAUGUCCCAGUUUCUCUGUUUGAAGAACAUAAGGACGUUUCUCUCAGCCUGUUGUGAGACCUUUGGGAUGAGAAAAAGUGAACUCUUUGAAGCAUUUGACCUGUUUGAUGUUCGUGACUUUGGAAAGGUUAUUGAAGCCCUCUCUCGACUUUCUAGAACACCUAUAGCGCUGGCCACAGGAAUCAGGCCUUUCCCUACAGAAGACAUCGUCAAUGAUGAAGACAUCUACAAAGGCCUUCCUGACUUAAUAGAUGAAACCCGUGCCGACGAUGAAGAAGGCCUGUACGACUGUGUGUAUGGGGAGGAUGAAGGUGGUGAAGUCUACGAGGACUUAAUGAAAGCAGAGGAGGCACAUCAACCUAAAUGUCCAGAAAAUGAUGUAAGAAGUUGUUGCUUGGCAGAGAUUAAGCAGACGGAAGAAAAAUACACAGAAACUUUGGAGUCAAUAGAGAAAUAUUUUAUGGCACCGCUGAAAAGAUUUCUGACAGCAGCAGAAUUUGAUUCGGUGUUCAUCAACAUUCCUGAACUUGUGAAAAUUCAUCGGAAUCUAAUGCAGGAGAUUCAUGAUUCCAUUGUAAAUAAAAAUAACCAGAACUUGUAUCAAGUAUUCAUUAACUACAAGGAAAGGUUGGUUGUUUAUGGACAGUACUGCAGUGGUGUGGAGACCGCCAUCUCUAAUUUAGACAACAUUUCUAAGACAAAAGAAGAUGUCCGGUUGAAAUUAGAGGAAUGUUCCAAAAGAGCAAAUAACGGGAAAUUCACACUUCGAGAUUUGCUUGUGGUUCCUAUGCAACGUGUUCUAAAGUAUCACCUUCUUCUCCAGGACUUGGCACAAUAUGUGAAUGAAGUGAAAAGAGAUAAUGAAACCCUGCGUGAAAUUAAACAGUUUCAGCUAUCUAUAGAAAAUUUGAACCAGCCAGUUUUGCUUUUUGGUCGGCCUCAGGGAGAUGGCGAGAUUCGAAUAACCACUUUAGACAAGCAUACAAAGCAAGAAAGGCAUAUCUUUCUAUUCGACCUGGCUGUAAUUGUGUGUAAAAGGAAAGGAGAUAACUAUGAGAUGAAGGAAAUAAUAGAUCUCCAGCAGUAUAAGAUAGCCAACAAUCCCACAACUGACAAGGAAAAUAAAAAGUGGUCUUAUGGUUUCUACCUCAUCCAUACCCAAGGACAAAACGGCUUAGAAUUUUAUUGCAAAACGAAAGAUUUAAAGAAAAAGUGGCUGGAACAGUUUGAAAUGGCGUUAUCCAAUAUAAGGCCUGACUAUGCUGACUCCAAUUUCCAUGACUUCAAGAUGCACACCUUCACUCGGGUUACGGCCUGCAAAGUCUGCCAGAUGCUCUUGAGAGGAACAUUUUAUCAAGGCUAUUUAUGUUUCAAGUGUGGUGCAAGAGCGCACAAGGAAUGUCUGGGAAGAGUAGACAAUUGUGGCCGAGUUAAUGCUGGUGAACAAGGGACACUCAAACCUCUGGAGAAACGGACCAAUGGACUUCGAAGGACACCCCGACAAGUGGAUCCGGGCUUACCCAAGAUGCAGGUCAUCAGAAACUAUAGUGGAACACCACCCCCCGCUCUUCAAGAAGGGCCCCCACUACACAUCCAGGCAGGGGACACAGUUGAACUUCUGAAAGGAGAUGCGCACAGUCUGUUUUGGCAGGGUAGAAAUUUUGCAUCUGGAGAGGUUGGAUUUUUCCCAAGUGAUGCUGUCAAACCUUGCCCAUGUGUGCCCAAACCAGUAGAUUAUUCUUGCCAACCUUGGUAUGCUGGAACAAUUGGAAGAUUGCAGGCAGAGACUGAACUUAUUAAUAGGGUAAAUAGUACUUACCUUGUGAGGCGCAGGACCAAAGAGUCGGGAGAAUAUGCAAUUAGCAUUAAGUAUAAUAAUGAAGCAAAGCACAUCAAGAUUUUAACAAGAGAUGGCUUUUUUCACAUUGCAGAAAAUAGAAAAUUUAAAAGUUUAAUGGAACUUGUGGAGUACUACAAGCAUCAUUCCCUUAAGGAAGGUUUCAGAAGCUUAGAUACAACUCUACAAUUUCCAUACAAGGAGCCAGAACAUUCAGCUGCACAGAGGGGUAAUAGAGCAGGCAACAACUUGUUGAGCCCCAAAGUGUUGGGCAUCGCAAUUGCCCGGUACGACUUCUGUGCAAGGGACAUGCGAGAACUGUCCUUGUUGAAAGGUGAUGUGGUGAAGAUUUACACAAAGAUGAGUGCCAAUGGCUGGUGGCGAGGGGAAGUAAAUGGCCGGGUGGGCUGGUUUCCAUCCACGUAUGUGGAAGAGGAUGAAUAA